AGGAAGCGCAUCGUGAUGAUUCCUUGCCAAGUGUUGUAGGAAACGCGUCGUGAUGAUCUCUGUCUUUCCACUUCAGUGCCGCUGUUGACCGUCUAGCGUUUCAUUGCUCUUCCACGCUUUCUACCAUCAAUUGUCCACCAUGAGCACAUCUCAGCAGAAUGAAUAUGAACAAUACAUUAUAAGCAAUAUGGUGGAACUUGUUCAAACGUUGAGUGUUUCUGCUAUAAUAGACCAUUUACUCUUACAUCGUUUGGUAACAAUGGAAGAACGUCAUAGACUGAUGCAAUGUUCUACUGAGCAAGCGAGAUCUCGCAUGUUGUUGUGUGAGAUUUUGCCAUACAAGGGAAAUGAUGUUGUUGGUAGAUUGUGUAAGGUCCUCGUUGCUGCAGGACAGCAGCACAUUAUAAGAGAAGUUCUAGGGAAAGAAGUCGGACAAACACACGUUGUCCAAAGACUGACAACAACGGGGAAUACUCAGGGGAUAGGAAGACAUCCCCAAGUUGCUGCUCCAGGUGUGGGAGAAAUGGAAAUGCUGAAAGAUCAGGUGGUACAGUCGGACAGAGAGAAGAGAAAGGUGACGGUGCAAUUGGAGAAGGAAAGAGAACGAGCGGAGGGUGCACAGAAAGAGCUGUGUACAGCAAGAGAAGAAAUCCGGAAAACAAAAGAGGAAACAAGCCAAGCAAGACAAGAAACUGGACAAGCAAAGCAAGAGAUGAAGAAAGCAAUGAUUGAAGCAAAGGGAGAACGCCUGAAGACUAGGGCACUUGAAUAUGAAAUUUCAAGGUGUCCUGCUAGUCAUUAUCAUCAGACGCUAAAAACAACAGACGUGGAUUGUUGCUACAGUGCAGGAGUCACAUUCAGAAGCGAGACACGUCGGAAAGACUCAAAAGACGGUGGGCCACAUUCAGCAAAAAACUCAGCUAAUUGGUCAUUGGCCAGUGCGUCAGGUCUACAAUCGAUACGUUGCGACCGCACUGUCCUCUUGAUAGGCAGGACUGGCGCAGGAAAAUCGACUUGUGCAAAUGUUCUAGCCGGUGAUGAUCCAGGAAUAAAAUUCAAGACUAGCGAUGGACCCAUUAGCGAGACAAAGAAGGUGCAGAGCGAAAUUGCUACAGUGUAUUGGUUUGGCAAGACGUACAAAGUCAAGAUUGUUGAUACGAUUGGCAUUGGUAACACUAGGCUAGACGAGAACGAAGUCUUCCUUCGCCUCGCACACGCCUUCCAUAAAUGCAAAGACGGAAUCAACGCCGUCUAUUUUGUUGUAAAAGAUCGCUUUACAAAAGAAGAAGCUGAUGCUUGGGAAGUCAUGUGUAAUGUACUGCUUGGUAAAAACAUUUUCAAUUACACUGCUAUUGUGAGAACACACUUUAGAGAUUUCAGUGAUAGCAAAGCAACCUUCGACGACUUUAGACGGUUAAUUCGAGAAGGUGGUGAGGCUGCAAAGAGAAUCUUGCCUGGCAUACAGCACUUUAUAUACGUCAACAACCCUGAUCCACUAGAUACAGAAAAAGCCACUGCAUUACGCGCUGCUUCUCGAAAGGAGCUUCUCGGGCAUCUCAUCGACAACUGUUUUGACGUCUUCCGACCGCCCAUACUAUGUAAGAUUCAGCAACGUAUUUCUGCGCAGGCACAAGCAAGCGAAGAAUCGACUGAGGAAUUAAUUGAGUUACAACGGUUGAACGAUAAACUCAAAAAAUGCGAAGAUUACGUUCGGCGUGCAAAGCUUGAAAAAGAAAUAGAAGUGGAAAAAAGAAAGAAAGCAGAAGCAGAGGCAAAAACAAUGAAGGAAAUGACAACAAUCGGGAAGGAACAAGCAACAGAGUUAGGAAUAGCUGAGGAAUAUUUGGGAACUGUACCUGGAGCAACUGGUAGGGUAAUUGACCGAUUAGCCUCGAGAAGUGUCGCUGAAGGAGUAGUGGAAAUUGCUAAAGAAAAAUGCUCUGUUAUGUGACUUUAACUCAUUAAUAUAAAAUGAUGUCUGCACUAUGCUAUUGUAGUAUUCGUGUAGAAGUAGUAUUUUUAAAUUUAAAACAGAUUGAAGACACCAUAUGUUUAGAUAGUAUAGUAAACAGUUGUGUCUUGAAAAUGUGAGUUAAAUCUAAAAAGUUGGAAGCCCUAUGAUAAUAUGGAUAU